UAUAACACCUCGCAAUCCUCGUUCAUUCGCGUCCACCAAAUAAACGCCUGAGAAAGGGGGAAAAAACGAGUGAAAAACGGAAAAAACAGCUCUCUGGUUCCUUUUGUUGGGAGAAAAUCUCUCGAGGUUUGGAUCUCCCAGUUCUUAAAGUCACCAAAGUUUUCCAGUAAAUAGAGCUUGCAUGAUUUUAGAGGAGCUUUGACAAUGGUCCUGUUUGGGUGCAUCUCCAACUAAGACUGGAAUUGAUUGGUCAUCAGCCAUGUGCAAUUUGCUCAACUAGCGCAUCUACAAAAUGUGGAUGGUGGGAGGUGCUAAAGGCAUCCAACUGUAAAAUGAUUCCCCGAACCGAGCAUCCGAUGUGGAGGGAUGCUAGGAAAAUCAUUGGCUUUGCCUUCCGUGACAUUUGAAGCUGCAAAAUUCUGUUCCCUUUCUUUGUCAGAUCUUUCAACUACACCAGCUGUACUAAAACCGAAAUCGCAUGGCAUAAUACCAACUGUGCAAACUAAUGUUAUCAGAAAAAGUGCAUGCGGCUUUGUUGAUGCAUCUAAAAAGUGGGAGUUACACUCAACUGCACAGCCACAGUCAGCAGUUCUAUUGGAAGAUGAAGAAGAAAAGAAGAUGUGGGAUGCCUGCAGACAAGCUCUAUCUGCAUUCAAAUUCAGCAUUGAGGAGGCAGAUGUAAUACUGAAGAAAGCUUUUGGGUGGGCCCAUUCGCCUUAUUGGGGUGAAGAGAGAUCGAAAGAAGUUCCAAAAGUUGAAUCGGUUAAUGAAAUGUUGGAUUAUCUGCAGAAUUUAGGCCUUUCAGAGGAUGAUAUGUUCAAAGUACUAAAGAAGUUUCCUGAGGUACUUGGGUGUAGUCUUCACGAUGAGUUGAAGAUCAAUGUGGGUACUCUUGAGAAAGUGUGGGGUAUUGAAGGGAAAUCCCUUCGGAAUCUUCUUCUCCGCAAUCCCAAAGUCCUUGGUUAUAAUGUCGAUUGUAAGGGAGAUUGUAUGGCCAAAUGCACUCGCUGCUGGGUUCGGUUUUAGCUAAUUCUCAUUUGUUCUGAUAGAGAGGAAACCAUUCUUACCUUUUGGAUUACAUCAUGUAUUAAAUCCAAUAUUAUUCUAUUUUCCAUGCCAUCAUUAUUUGUAUAGCAUAUCCAGGUUAUUGGAGAA